AUGGUGUUGCUGGCUCCGGCGACGGUAGGCGCCGAGCAGGAGGAUGGGGCCAAAACCAUCGCCACCCUGCAGGUGGAGGAGGAGGUGGGCUCGCAUGCCCAUGACCACGGCAACGACGAUUGCGACGACAAGUGCACCUAUUACCAAGAUCUGGCCAGGAGACAGUUCUGUGUGGACCAGUGCCACAGCCAGCAGCAUCACCAUCCUAGCAGAGAAGACUGCGAGUUGAAGUGCCAACACUGGCAAGACCCAACAAGAAAGGAACAAUGCGUGCAGCAGUGCAUGAGCUUUGGCCUCAACCUCCAUGUGGGUGGCAGCAGCAGCGUGGACGAGCGCCCUCAUGCCUUGGAGGAGGAGGUCGGCUCGCAUGCCCAUGACCAUAGCAACGAUGAUUGCGACGACAAGUGCGCCUAUUACCAAGAUCUGGCCAGGAGACAAUUCUGUGUGGACCAGUGCCACAGCCAGCAGCAUCACCAUCCUAGCAGGGAAGACUGCGAGUUGAAGUGCCAACAUUGGCAAGACCCAACAAGAAAGGAACAAUGCGUGCAGCAGUGCAUGAGCUUUGGCCUCGACCUCCAUGUGGGUGGCAGCAGCAGCGUGGACGAGCACCUCCGCGGCUGGGAAGCGGUGGCCGGAACCAUCAUCGAGGAGGUGGUGUGA